AUGCUCCGGCUCGGCGGCAGAAUGUCUGGCCUCUCGGCCCUGCUCUCGGUGCUUCUUGCUGGGCUCGCGGCGGCGUCAUCGGAUCUCUUUGACAACCAACUGGGCGACAUCAACUACUGCAAAAAACAAUGCCAGCUCACCGUCAAAAACAAAAGCCCUGCCAAAGACUCCAUAAUGAACGCCUGUCACCGUGGCUGCCGCCUCUACUCCAUCUGCCAGUUUGUCAAUGGCAACGCCGGCUUCAAUACCAGCAGGGAGGAGUGUCAGGGAGCCUGCCAGGAGGCAUAUAUUAAGCUGCUGGAACAGGAGGCCUGCAGCACCGGCUGUGCCAGCCAACCCUCUGAACCUGAGAUCAAGAGGAGGAAGCUGAAGGCCAUGACUCUCCGCCCGAAGCCCCCCUCUGUGAUGGAGGCCGUGUCCAGUUGGUGCAACGAUAUCGUCAGCUCUGCUCAGAGCUUCAUCUCCUCCACCUGGACUUUCUACCUGCAGGCUGAUGAUGGCAAGGUUGUGGUUUUCCAGAGCCAGCCGGAGAUGGAGUACUCUCUGCCUGAGCUGCAGGCUCCUCGAUCCAAUGUGGCGGACAAACCCUGGCCCCAGGUCCACUCCCACACCCAGCGACCUCAUGGUUUGAGGGGACAUGGAGAGAAGGGAGCAUCCAAAGCUGGAGGCAAAGGGAAGCACCCUGUCCAGCACGCAGACGACCCCACAGCUGAGCACGACUUCCUUGGCUGCAUGUCAAGACGUUCAGGUCUUCCACGGUGGAUUUUGGCGGCAUGUCUCUUCCUGUCCAUCAUAGUCAUGUUGUGGCUCAGCUGUGCCAGUCUCGUCACCGCACCAGAGCAGCACAUCAAGACACAGCUGAGUAUCAACGGGGAUAAAGAGUUUCUGGACAAUGCCCACAAACUCAACCCAUACCACCUGAGUCCUGUGAUCGCCGUCGCCGUGAAACAACCGGAGGAUAGCCAAGAGGCGGGGCCGCUGCCAUUGAAAGUUGACCUCGACAAAACAUGUGUUUAGACCAGAAAGGACCUGCUGUCUUGUUUCCCAGGGUAACCAUGUCUAAAAAUCUGUGAGCAGUCAGCAGAAUUUUUGAAAAGCAUAUUUUUAAGAGCAUGGCACCCUCCCGUCUUUUGAAAUGAUCUUACUGAAACAUCUAGCUUGUGUUGUUCAGACAGGUUUUUCGGUUAGCUACGCCUGUCAUUUCAUUUCCUUGUACAGUCCAAAUAUGUUAAAGUCCAUCCUCAAACUAUCCUUAGUGAUCAGCCUGCUCAUUGCUUAUUGAUAAGACAGUGCUCCAGUCUCAGAGCCACGCCGGAGACAAGCAGAGAGGGUGGAUUACAGCGGAGAGCUUUCAUAUCAUUUUUCAUGUCUAGUGUGGACAAGAGAAGACAAACGCUAGGAUUCGUUUUAGAUUUAAUUUUCCUCGUUCUCACAGGAAGUUUGGAUGAAUUGAUGGCUUGCUGAGAGCAGAAAAAAGGAGUAAGAAACGUGUGUGAGAGAAGAAAGGGAGAUGAAUUACAGGUGGGCACUCCUGUGAGGGCUGCAGAAAACAGUUACUGUAGCUCACAGUUGAUGGUCAGUUUACAUAAGCAGCAUUGUGAGCUAUUCAGUAAUGUGGUCUUUAAAGAUGGCCUAAAAACUGAAAACAGUGUUUUCCCCCUCACACAACGGAAAACUUUCAAACAAAGACAUACUUACUCAGAA